AUGGGAAACAGCUUAAGGUGUUGUCUUGCAUGUGUUCUUCCAUGUGGAGCACUAGAUUUGAUCAGGAUCGUUCAUCUAAACGGCUACGUUGAGGAAAUCACACGGCCAAUAACCGCCGGAGAGAUCCUUCAAGCAAACCCUAACCAUAUCUUAAGCAAACCAUGUUCUCAGGGUGUUGUCCGUAAAAUCUUGAUCUUGUCCCCUGAAUCUGAGCUCAAGAGAGGAAGCAUUUAUUUUCUCAUCCCUGAUUCUUCCUUGCCGGAGAAGAAAAGGAGGAGAAAAGACGGUGGUCAUCGCCGGAAAAAGACUCUCAUCGACAAAAACAACAACAACCCUAGCGCCGAUGUUAAAGGUGAAGAUGAUCAAUGUGUGAAGUUGUGUGACAAGUACUUAGAAGAAGUUGUGUCGUCGACGACUGGUAAAGAACACCGUCAUCGCCGGCGACAUAGCAGAUCGGCGUCAGUAUCCACGUGGCGGCCUCACCUUGAUAGUAUCUCUGAGGAUCUUAAUUAA